AUGGCGGGAGCCGCCGCGCUGGCGCAGGGUUCCGUCGCAGUCUCCGCACAGACCGCUCGGGCAGCGCACCAAUCUCCAAUCGCCGAUCAUUCUCGUCCCGGCGCGCGCCUGUCCAGCAGAGCAGCAACCGCAACACGGCUACCUCUCGCGGGCAACUCCGGCGCUGCACUGCGGAUCGAGACCCGGCGCGCGGCGUUCAGGCGCAGUGCGGGGCGGCGCGUGGCGGUGGCAUCGCUGGCGGAGGAGGAGCGGGAAUUAGAGGCGGUGGAGGCGCUUUCAGACGCGAAUUGGGCGCACAUGAGUGCCACGUGGACCCAGCAAGUCCAGCUGGACGAGAAAGAGAAGCCUCUAGCGGAAUACAUGACUCUACCCGCGUCGCAGUACUCGGUGCUGGACGCGGAGCGCAUCGAGCGCGUGGACGGCAGCACGUUCCGCUGCUACGCGCACCGCGCGCAGUUCUUCAGCGUGGAGGUCUGCCCCGUGCUACUCGUGCGCGUCGACGAGGAGACCGACGGGUGCACGAUCAGGCUGCUCUCCGCCACGCUGGACGGGUCACCCAUAGUGAAGUCGCAGAACAAGAAGUUCCGAGCGUCCAUGGUGAACCGGGUGCGGUGGGCGCCUGACCCCUCCUCGCCCUCCUCGCGCCUCAUCAUGUCAGAUACCAUUCUCAAGAGCUCAGUGGAGGUCCCAGUGCCAUUCCGGAUGAUCCCAAGGGAGGUCAUUGAGAGUGCAGGCAACAAGCUGUUGGAGCAGAUUCUUAAAGUGGCCGUGCCGCGCUUCCUAGAGCAGCUGAAAAAGGACUAUGAGGCAUGGGCUUCAGGUGACACCUCUCGAAAGCCCCUCGGCACAGGGGAGUUGUAA